AUAUGUAAUAUACAAAAGCCAAACGGUGCCUCUUGCCUUUUUUUUCCUUUUGCCUAUAUAUACAGCAUAUCAGUAUGUAACAUAAGCAUGCAUUUCUUCUCUUCUUUCCCAUUCUUCUUCUUCUCUCUCUACAAAUUUUAAAAGGGUUCUCUCUCUCUCUCUCUCUCUGUGUAAUAUAUAUAUAUAUACAAUCACCAUGUUUUCUAAAGACGACGCUCGUACUAUUGUUGGUGUUAUAGGAAACAUCAUAGCCCUGAUACUGUUUUUGUCCCCAGUGCCAACGUUUUAUCGGAUAUGGAAGAAAAAAUCAGUGGAGCAAUACUCACCGGUUCCAUACUUAGCCACAUUUAUCAACUGUGGGCUUUGGGUACUAUACGGACUGCCUUUGGUACACCCCCACAGCACACUUGUUGUCACAAUUAACGGUACCGGGUUUGUUAUAGAGAUAGUUUAUUUGUCUCUAUUCUUGAUAUUCUCCGACAAGAAGAAGCGGCUGAGGCUGGUGGUGAUAGUGGUGGCGGAGUGCGUUUUCAUGGCGGUGCUAGCGCUUCUUGUCCUAACUCUGGCCCACACCACCAAACUCCGGUCGGUUGUCGUCGGCAGCAUCUGCAUGGUCGGCAAUAUUAUGAUGUAUGCUGCUCCUUUGUCCGUCAUGAAAAUGGUGAUCACGACGAAAAGUGUGGAGUACAUGCCGUUUUUUCUCUCUCUAUUCUCUUUCCUAAAUGGGAUUAGUUGGACUGCUUAUGCUCUCAUCCGUUUCGAUAUUUUCAUUGUUGCUCCAAAUGGAAUGGGAUCUUUGCUUGGGCUGGCCCAGUUAUUGCUAUAUGCAACAUUCUACAGAUCAACAAAGAGAAUGAUGGCAGAGAGAAAAGCCCAAGGAGAAAUUGGCUUGUCUGAAAAAAUUGACACACAUAAAAAUGGCCAUGUUAAUAAUCAUGUUUAGCCCCUAUUAAAUAUUAUUUUUAUUAUUUGUUAUGUAUUUUUAGUUUUUAUUUUUAUUUAAUUUAAAGCGUAGUAGAAUUGAAGAUAUGGUGAUUGCUAAGCAGUUGCUUUUAAAAUCUUUGUAUCUCUCCAUGUUGUCCCAUCUCCUAUUCCUGAAUUAAGAAUUGGUUUUCUAAUUUUAUUUCGAUACUAGCUAUUU